AGGGCCAUCCGCGUACGCAGCCACUCCAUGGAGACCAUGGUGGGCGGCCAGAAGAAGUCGCAUAGUGGGGGCAUCCCUGGCAGCCUCAGCGGGGGCAUCUCCCACAACAGCAUGGAGGUCACCAAGACCACCUUCUCGCCUCCAGUGGUGGCGGCGACGGCGAAGAACCAGUCACGGAGUCCCAUCAAGCGACGGUCGGGACUCUUCCCCCGCCUGCACACGGGCUCAGAAGGCCAGGGAGACAACCGGGCACGAUGUGACAGCACAUCCAGCGCACCCAAGACCCCAGAUGGUGGACACUCCUCUCAGGAGAUAAAGUCUGAGACCUCAUCCAAUCCCAGCUCUCCGGAAAUCUGCCCCAACAAGGAGAAGCCCUUCAUGAAAUUGAAGGAGAACGGCCGCGCCAUCUCCCGCUCCUCCUCCAGCACCAGCAGCGUCAGCAGCACCGCAGGGGAGGGCGAGGCCAUGGAGGAGGGCGACAGUGGGAGCAGCCAGCCGUCCACAACGUCACCCUUCAAGCAGGAGGUGUUUGUCUACAGCCCGUCCCCGAGCAGCGAGAGCCCCAGCCUGGGGGCAGCGGCCACCCCGAUCAUCAUGGGCAGGAGUCCCACAGGUCAGUGGCGUCUGGUGGGGUGUGCGACGUCGCCAGGAGGGCAGGCUGUGCCCUGUCCACUGUUGGUAGGGCCCCAGCCAUGCUGCACUGGCCAGUUUCUGCUCCUCCCCCGACUGUGAGGCCCUCCGUGCUGUGAGCCUGCCUCAUCUGUUCAUCAGUUUUUGUUUUUGUUUUUUUGUUUUUUUUGAGACGGAGUCUCGCUCUGUC